GGCUGCGGCGCCAGCCGCGAGCGCUGGAAAGUGUGGGGCGCGGGAGGCUAGUGUGGCGUCUACCUGGUGCUCUGGAGCCAGGUCGCGUGGUAGGCCGCCGCCGCCGACCGUCUCCUGCCAUGGGGAGCGCCGAGAGCAGCGAGGGCCGUAGGGUGUCCUUCGGAAUGGAUGAGGAGGAGCGGGUCCGGGUGCUGCAGGGCAUCCGGCUGUCUGAUCAUGUGGUUAACCGUAUGAAGGAUUCCAGUCAGCCUUCAAAAGUGGAGCAGCCAACCCCUCCACCUAGUACUCCACCUCCAUCUUCUGCAUUUGAUUCUCUAGAAGGCAAAGCUAAAGCCCCUGAGAAAGAAUCCAAACCACAAAGGUCAAAGAAUAGUGGGGCAAAGCCCUCAGGGGCAAAGGAAGAUCUACUCAGAAGGUAUGAACAGGAGCAGGCCAUAAUCCAGGAUGAGAUCUUUCAGCUGGCCAAGAGGGAAAGAGAGGCAGCCGCCAAGCACCUGAAUGUGUCCCUUCAGCGUGAGGGGAGCAACAAUGACCGGGAGAAGCAGAAGUCAGCCCAGCUGGCCAGGGAGCUGGAAAGCAUAGAGGCUGAGCUAAGACGCCGUGACACCUUCUAUAAGGAGCAACUGGGGCGCAUUGAAAGGAAGAAUGCCGAGAUGUAUAAAUUGUCUUCAGAGCAAUUCCAUGAGGCAGCUUUGAAAAUGGAGAGCACAAUCAAGUGAAUUUAGAAUCAUUUUGUGAAACUCCCCAACCCCACUUCCAGCUGAAAAAACAUGAUAGAAAGAAAAGAAAAUCUAACAGACUCUUCACUGGGAUAAGUCCAUCCUUUUGAAUAUAGCCAGUCCUGUCAAAUUCCUACCCUUAUUGUUUGUUUUAUUUUGAAGUAAUUUCGGAGCUGUAGAAAUGUUGCAAGAACAACCCAAAGAACUCCUACAUCCCUUAACCCAGGUACCCUAGUUGUUUACAUUUUACACACGAUCACCUUUUCUCCCUGUAUAAAAACAGUGUCUUCAUCUGCUAUGGUGACCAUCACCCCUACGUACUGCAGUCCGUUGUGGACCUCCCAAGGAUGCCCCUCCAUCACCCACACAGCCCUUCCAUUGAGGAAGUCAACAUCAAUUAAAUGCUAACACAUCCACGUUUCACCGGCUACCCCAACAACAUCUCUUUAUUCUUUUUGGCCCAGGAUCCAACCCAGAAAUCUGUCGUAUUUAGUUGUCAUGUGCCAUCAGUCUCCUUUAACGUGGAACAGUUCCUUAGUCUCUCCCUGUCUCUCAUACCUUGACAGUCUCUAGUCUGUCCAUCCAGCAGCCUUUCAUUCUAAAGGGAGACCAUCAGCCUGGGUCCAUCCAAUGUUUCCUCCUAACCAGACUCAAGCCAUGGGUUCUUGGCAGAAAGCCCCCAGAACUGAUGCUGUGCUCUUCCCAGUGCAUCACACAAGAGGCUCGCAUGGUGACCCACCUCACCAUGAGUGGUGUUGACCUUGACCCCAGCCGCAUUGGUGUCUACAUGGUCUCUUCACUGUAAAAGCCUCAUUUCCUUUUGUAUUUGAUUAGUAUUUUGUGGGGAUAUACUCCAUUACUUUGCUGGUAUCCUCAUCAAACCUCCACCCAUCAGCCUUGCAUUCCACUGACAACAGAAGCCUAAAUCAACCACUGCAAUAAUGGUUGUUAAAUAAAUGGUGACUAUUUCAUCAUUUCUUCCACAUUUAUGAAUUGACAUUCUAAGGAAGAAUUCAUUUAUUUGUUUAUGCUAGUAAGGACUCAUUUAUUCAUUGGUUUGUAAUGUAAUACUCUCAUUCAUUUUGGUGCUCAAAAAGUCCCAGGUUUGACCCUUAACAUGGACUUUUCUGUCCUUUUGGCAUGUCUCUUCACUCUCUGAGCACUUUUCUUUCUGGCAGAAGAUGCUCCAGGAUUAUCCUGUUCUUUCUGUCCCAGCCCUGGAAUCAGCUGUUUCUCCAAGGAGCCCUGGUUCCUUUUAUUGGAGAAUGGCAUGAGAAACCAAGAUCUGCUGCCAGAUCAAUGUGGAUUUAGGGGAUUCUGAGGGGUCACUAAGGAACCCUGAUGGUGCAGUGUGUAAAGCACAUGGCUGCUAACUGAAAGGUUGAUGGUUCAAACCCACCAGCCACUCCAUG